UCUCUGUAUUCUUUUUGAGACCCAUUCUUCUUCUUCUUCUUCUUCUUCUUCUUCCAUUGUUUUUUCUUUUAUUUAUUUUUUUUUAUAAUAUUUGUGGCAACUUAAUGACAUCCUAUUUCGUUCCCUUUUUGCUAGUUGUUUGUCAUGAUUUUUUUGGAUGUUUUAAUCUCUGCGAUGCGUGUGGCCUAGUAAUCAAUCGGAAUUUUCAAAACUAACUAUAAGAACUAAACCCUAGCUACUUGAUUUCUAUCAGUUCUCGCGUGUCGAACCAGUCAAUUGUUAGAAUAAGGGGAGUUUGGAUAAUCCGAGUGCAAGGCUGCUUUUACCAGGAAAGAAUUUUUUUUUUUUUUAAUCCCAUAUUAUUUUUUCAAGUAUUUCAAACGCUAAAUUUUAAGUUCAGUGAAGGGCUCUGUACAAGUUUUAUCCAGAUAAAAGACAAGAAAAGAAUGCUCCAACAGUGGAGUUGGCUCUGCUCUAUGCUGUUCGCAUGUAAAUGAUCUCGAGGAUUGCCAAGGUCUCAUCGCUCCAAUGAAUUUCCGCUCUUUCCUUCUCAGAUGGCUGCCAUGUCUUGAUUCGUUCCUUCCAUUAGCUCAAACUGAAAGAGGUGAAGCUCAUAUAAUUACAUCUGAUCAGGGAAAGGCUUCUUCAUAUUCAACUUCUCUACAAGAAGAUAAUUGUGCCGUAGUUCCAUUUCUCUCCCCUCCAAUGCCUUUACCUUUUGAUGAUCCCAGAUUCUCUCAACCUCAAUGUCAGCAUGAUAAACAAGGGGAGAAAUAUGACGACACCUCAUCUUAUUGCCAAGAGGUUCCUGUGCCCCUCAGAAGUGCUGUCGAUACUGAUCCAGAAACUACGCAUACACAAGAAAAUAGGAAUGAAUCUCUAGUAAAAGACUCAUCGGUUGAGGCAACAAGCGAAGUAACAGAGAUCCAUUAUUCUUCUGAAGAAGAGGAUGAUUGUCCAAUUUGCCUUGAAGAAUAUACAUCUGAAAAUCCGAGGAUAAUUUUGCAAUGCAAUCAUCACUAUCACCUCAGUUGUAUAUAUGAGUGGAUGGAGAGGAGCCAAGCUUGUCCAAUCUGUGGCGAGGUGAUGUUGUUCAAGGAGGCGACAUCAAACUUUUCCUAAAUUAUUUCUUCUUCUGCGUAGAAAUUAACUGGGAUAAGAGUGAAAUACAUCUAGGAGCCAAUUUUGUUUUAAUUGUUUUCUUUAAGAGAGGACGAUGUCAGUCAUAGAUUAUCUGGUUUUGGCAACUUAUGAUAACAUUUUGUGAUGACCUACUUUGCAUGUCAGGAUCUUGUUGUCUUCCUGGAAUGUGUUAUUUCAAUGUGUCAUUUUGUUUUUUAA